AUGAACUCCGGGCCCCUGGGCCAGGCGCGCCGAGGAGAAGGAGAGCCCGACUCCGAGGCAGAAACUCUGCACAACAGCCACUUUCGUCGCCUUCACUGUUCAACCCUAGACCCCCAACCCAAGACCAGAAGCCGGAGACUUGGGCAAAAAGCGGCCCAGGUUCCCGGAAGUCUGAGAGGGCCCGUCGCCGCAGCCCGCGGAGCGCCCCGCCCCGCUCCCGUCCGGGCCUGCGGCGUCGGAGCCUUCCGGCUCGUCAGGCCUGAGUCAGGGCGCGGAGGCCGGGAAGGAGCGGUGGUUUCCCGACAACGGGGUCAGCAUGACACGGUGGCAUGUCCCACCACACCUCGGUGGGAGGGACACGGAGUACUGCGCAGCAGCCUCCUGUUGCUGCCCCAGCUGGGCUCCAGGAGCGGGGGAUGA